CCAGGGUCAGCAGCUUGGAGCUCAACAUCUCCCGAGUCUGAGACCGGAAGUGAGGAAGAAGUCAUCAUUAAUCACAAUGCAAACACUGUCUGAGGCAACACGAGCUGCUAAUGCUGGACGAGGAGAUCUCUCCACUCCUCAUUAUGUUUAAUGAAGAAGAUGAAGAGUAAAACUCCCGCCGAGCAGCGCUGGAUGCAGCGGCAGCUCAAAGACCCGUAUGUUAAGGCUUCUCACGCACUAAACUUCCGGUGCAGAAGCGCAUUCAAACUGCUGGAGAUAGAUGACAAGUUCAGGCUUCUGCAGCCUGGAGGUAGUGUGGUGGACUGUGGAGCUGCUCCUGGAGCCUGGAGCCAGGUGGCAGUGCAGAGGGUCAACUCAGCCGGGACAGGUGAGGGAGACCCGGCGGCACCACAUGGUACAGUUGUUGGCAUUGACCUGAUGAACAUCCCACCUCUGGACGGAGCCCACUUCCUGUGCAGUCAUGAUGUCACGGACCCCGUCACGCACGCUAAGCUGCUGGAGCUGCUCCCAAACCGCCAGGCUCAUGUCAUCCUGAGCGACAUGGCGCCCAACGCCAGCGGUUUCCGGGAGAUGGACCACGUGAAACUCAUCACAAUGUGUUUCUCUUUGAUAGACUUGGCUGAGAAGAUCUUGCAGCCGGGGGGCUCUCUGGUGUGUAAAUACUGGGACGGGAUCUCCGCUCGUGAACUCCAGGAGAAACUCUCGAAUGUGUUCAAUACUGUUCAGAUUAUAAAGCCAAACGCCAGCAGGAAGGAUUCGUCUGAGAGAUAUUUCCUGGCUCGAAUGUACAGAAAGCCGGUAAAAUGAGGAUGUUUUCUGGAGGUUCACAGACGGUUUCUGAUGAGUGAACAUGAAGAGGCUUUCUUAAUACCUUUUGAUCAAAAGGUGGCACUGUUGAGGCAUCAGUGAGGCUCCCGGCUGCAGACACACACACACACACACACACACACACACACACAGUGCUGCUGCUGUUUGUUAUCACUGCAAACUUGUAGCAGCAGCGACUCUGUAAUAUGGAACCCUAUGCAAGAAUCAUCAGUGUGAUAUUCCUCAAGAGCCCGAUGCUGUGUUUCCGCUGAAGUUAUUGUUUGCCCCUCAGUGUUUGUUCUCCACAGUCAGUUUGGUAUUUGCUUUGUUACUGAAAGUCAUUUACCAGUGCUGCUUAUGCAAAUAAUGUGCACUGCCAGCCAUGUAGAAAUAUGUAAUCAUUCUCUCAUUGAGAGCUUAUGAAGGGACAACCUAAUACAGAGUCACAUACAGCAUGACUAAUGGGAAGUGGGAUGAUACUGAAGCUUGGCAUGCUGAGUGUUGUCGGGCUCUGCUCUGACAGUGCAGAGAUGUCCAUUUCCUGUGACAAUAUUUCCAGCCCAGCAGACAGAUUUUUCUUUUAAAGAUCCUCCUGUAAAUCACCGCCUUGGGACACUUUGGAAAGUACCAUUUGUUUUGUUGAUUGUGAUCCGACGCAGAGUUCAGAACCAGUGGUAAUGAAAUAAAAGGAUGUUUCUAUCAGAGCUGCACUUUAAGACACAACUCGUAUAUUUGAUGUCACAGAGAUCUACGUAGAGAUUGACAGUGUGGCCUUUUGUAUAACAACGUCGUGUACGCAAUUUGUCCUUCUUUACUUGCAGUCAUUCAUCAGGGGCGUAGCAUGAACAUGUGGGCCCCCCACAUCAUUUCUCAUGCAUGUACAAAUUAUUUUUUUGUUAAGGAUUAAAUACACCUGAGAUACUU